CCCUUCCUCGACAAUCAUUACCAAACAUCACUCUAACUGAUGAUACCUCUAUCAAGAGCAAUUGUCAGGACACCCUACCUCUCGCCUCUCAAGCUUUUCUAUCCAAGAAUGGCAACCACGAAUGCUUCAUUAUCCCACCUUGAACGAACCGCCGAAGAGCCACGUGACAACUCCCUCUACACCGUCCGCCUCACCCACAUAGACCCCAUAAACCCCACCAUCCGCCUCUUCCGCCUUACACCCACCAACCCUCCCAUCAAAUUCCUCCCCGGCCAAUGGCUAGACGUCUACUGCCCCUCCAUCCCCAAAGCAGGAGGCUUCACCAUCACCUCCCCUCCCUCUCUCCCCUACCUCGAACUCGCCGUCCAAAAAUCACCGGAAAACCCUCCCGCUGCCUGGCUGUGGCAAGCUGUACCCAGCAUCCUGAACGCAGAGUUGCAGGUCAGGGUAGGAGGGAGUUUCGUCUGGCCGCCGCCGAGGGGAGUGGUGGGGUUGAAGAGGGUGGUGUUUGUGGCGGGCGGAGUGGGUGUUAAUCCUUUGAUGAGUAUGGUGAGUUGCAUUGCGGAGAGAGGACCGGGGGAGGGGGUUGAGGUGAGGUUUUUGUAUUCUGUGAGGGAGGGGGGAAGGGUUGAGGAGGUGCUUUUUCUGAGGAGGUUGGUGGAGACGUUUAAUAUGUUGGGGAAGGAGGGGGAUUUAAGGAUUUUCUUUACGGGAGGAAGGUCGAGUAACGGAGACGUUGAGAUUCAAGGGCAAACAAUCACGACUCGAAGAAGGAGGGUUACGGAUCAAGACCUACUUGAGGCUUUAGGACCAGUGGAAGAGAGGAAAGACACGGUUUGCUAUAUCUGUGGCGUGCCAACCAUGACGGAUGAAUUUGUCGAGAAGGCGAAGAAAGCAGAGGGGAUGCUGGAGGAGAAUGUUUUGUUUGAGAAGUGGUGGUGAUACGAGGGGUUGAAAUGAGGCAACUGGACGAGGCGUCCCGAGUUGGCGCUACACAGCCUCGAUUUUCAUGUUGUGAUUCAGACACGGCGUGAGAUUGAGUCGAGUCUGGUGUAAACAUCCGAAAGGCUGCAUACUCUAUAGGAUGAAGGUAUCUUGAUUUAAGGUUGCUGAGAGAAUGUGCUGUUUUUGUUCAUUGAUGCCCGAGUUGAAGGACCCGCACUAAAACCAACCUGCAAAAUCAUAGGACUUUGAAUGAAGAUAACAAAGAUAAAUCUAAAGUGG